UUGAUCCUAGCUCCCCCCCAGAAGUUGGGUACCAAGCCCCAGUCACAGAGGAGCUGAAUGAAUGAGCUCGGUGGCAUGGAAGCACCAAGCUUAUUAUCUAUUAAUGCCUUGCACGUUAUGCUGUUAUAGCGUCCCUACCAAUGUUGACACUAAACCUACGCCCAUGAUACAGACUCCCAAAAGAUAUAAAAGGUGUUAUCAACUAGUUGUCAGUUGACAUAUCUUCACAAAUGUUAUGAAAAUAUUUUAUAAAGUUUGAAAAUGUACCUAGUGUUGCUUUAAAACUCAAAAUCACAAUAUUUAAAUGGUAAAAAAGAAUAAAAAUCCAAACUAAAAAUAGCCAAGACUAUUAAGAAAUAUAAAUAAUUCUGAAUAAAAUCAAAUUAAUAAUAAAAUCAGAAAAAUAAGAGUUAAAAACAAAUUCAAAUAGGUGGUAUUUUGCUCUAGGAAUUUUAUUGAUUUUUUUAUGGGUUAUAUAAAUAUCUUCUGAGAUCACAUAGCAUAACUCUUUAUCUGUCAUUGACGGUAUUACACGUUCAAUCCAUUUUAACUGGGGCAGGCUGGAAGCGAACGUUCGUUUCCUGCCCCUCCCAUUUGAAAUGGCGUGGACGUUCAUUGCCAUCAACAGAUAUUUCAAACAUCAAUUUCCCUCUUUUACUAACUACAACAGCACAUACUCUGUGACCUGGGCUGUCGUUGAAUGAGUUAAGCUAAAUAGUAACUUUUUGAAUAGAUGUCUCCCUGAAAGUUAAUAUCCAUAUCUGCUCGUAAAGCAACCAUCCGACUAACAGGAUGACGUACUGCCGCUUGUUGAUCUCACACCGUGAGACACCACAACCCCACCUCUUGCCGUCUACUUGCAAGCCAGCCAUACUUCUCUAUUUUAUCUCACUUUCUGUUCCUUACACGUCUGGUCUCAUUUGCCGAAAAGGAUGGCAGAGAUGGAAGGCUUGGAGUUUGGGAAGUCUGAUUUUGUGCUUCUGGAUGAGGUCACUAUGGAGCAGUUUAUGGAGAAUCUUAAAUUGAGGUUCGAAAAGGGUCGUAUAUACACCUAUAUCGGCGAUGUGGUGGUGUCUGUCAAUCCCUACAAACAAAUGGACAUCUACGGCAAGGAUGCCAUCAACGCAUACCGCGGUCGCGAACUGUAUGAAAACCCACCUCACCUCUACGCAGUAUCCGACGCUGCCUAUAAGGCCAUGAAGAGACGAGCUAAAGACACUUGUAUCGUCAUUUCAGGUGAAAGUGGUGCCGGGAAAACAGAAGCCAGUAAAUACAUCAUGCAGUACAUCGCCGCUAUCACAAACCCGAGUCAGAGAGCGGAUGUCGAAAGUGUGAAGAACAUACUGCUAAAGUCCAACUGUGUUCUUGAGGCUUUUGGAAACGCCAAAACCAAUCGUAACGACAACUCCAGCCGCUUUGGGAAGUACAUGGACAUUAAUUUUAAUUUCAAUGGCGAUCCAAUGGGAGGACACAUCAACAACUACUUGCUGGAGAAGUCCAGAGUGGUUAACCAGCAACAAGGGGAGAGGAACUUUCAUUCAUUUUACCAGUUUUUACGAGGAGCAGCGAAUGAAAUGAUUGCAUCGUUUCACCUGCGAAAUGAUCCAGGUGUCUACGUGUAUACCAAAGAGGGUGCUGCAGCAACUACCUGCAACAAUGAUCACUCAAGCCACAAAGCUGUGCUUCAUGCACUGGAAGUUAUUGGCUUCUCCAAAGAUGAAAUUAAAUCCAUUUAUCAAAUUCUCGCAUCCAUUCUACAUCUUGGUAAUAUUGAGUUUGGGAGCGAUGGUGAGAAUGUCGAAAUUUCCGACCUGGAAAUUGUGAACUACAUUUCAGAGUUGAUCAACACUGACGCCGAAAGCGUCACUAAGAGCUUGCUAUACCGCACUGUGGCCACCGGUGGGGGCGACGUCAUCGAGAAGGGUCACACAGAAGAAGAAGCGUGUUUUGGGCGAGAUGCUUUCAGCAAGGCCCUCUAUGAGAGACUUUUUGGGUGGAUUGUCGGCCGCAUCAAUGACGUCAUUGAAGUGAAAGAUUACAACCCGGUGCUUCAUGGGAAAAAUACGGUUAUCGGAGUGCUGGAUAUCUAUGGAUUUGAGAUUUUUGACAACAACAGUUUCGAACAGUUUUGCAUCAACUACUGCAACGAAAAGCUUCAGCAACUUUUCAUCGAGUUGAUCCUUCAACAGGAGCAAGACGAAUACAAUCGAGAGGGAAUCCAAUGGCAGCAUAUUGACUACUUUGACAAUCAAAUCAUCGUUGAUUUGGUGGAGCAGCAACACAAAGGGAUCAUCUCCAUUUUGGAUGAAGCUUGUCUUACUGUUGGGAAAGUCACUGACACUGUUUGCCUGGAUAGCAUGGACAUUAAAUUGGCACAACAUCCUCACUAUACCUCCCGCAAGCUCAACCCUACCGACAAAACCAUGGACUUUCAGAAGCAUUUCCGAAUCCGCCACUAUGCUGGGGAUGUCACAUAUUCCGUGGAGGGCUUUUUGGACAAAAACAGAGACCUGCUUUUCCAAGAUUUCAAGCGCCUCAUGUACAACAGCUCCAAUACAGUCAUGAAGGAAAUGUGGCCAGACGGUCAACUGGGCAUCACAGAGGUCACCAAGCGACCACUUACAGCAGCCACUCUGUUCAAAAACUCCAUUGUGGCGUUAGUGGAAAAAUUGGCAUGCAAGGAGCCGUAUUACGUGAGAUGCAUCAAACCGAAUGAGGUCAAGUCCCCGCUGCUGUUCGAUGAUGCUCGCUGCCAACAUCAGGUCGCCUAUCUGGGCCUUCUGGAGAACGUCAUGGUGCGCCGAGCUGGUUUCGCCUACAGGCAGCCUUACGCUCGCUUCUUACAGCGCUAUAAAAUGACUUGCGAGUACACUUGGCCCAACCACUUGAUGGAAUCGGACAGGGACGCGGUGGAAGCCAUCGUCAGACAGCACGGAUUCCAAGACGACGUGGCGUACGGUCACUCCAAGCUUUUUGUGCGAACGCCGCGAUCCCUCUUUACUUUGGAGCAGGAGAGAGCCGCCCUCAUUCCCAUCCUUGUGCUUUUCCUACAAAAGGUAUGGCGGGGGGCUCUCGCUCGAAUGAGGUGCCGGCGAAUGAAGGCCAUCUACGCCAUCAUGGGCUGCUUUAAGCGCUACAAGGUCAAGGCCCACUUCUGGGAAGUGGAGCAGCGCUUUGCAAAUGUGAGGAACAUGGCCGAUUACGGGAAAAGCGUCAUGUGGCCAACGCCGCCCGCUGCUCUCGCAGGGUUUCACGCCAUCACGGUCUCGCUGCAUCGCAGGUGGUGGGCAAGACAGAUGGUGAAGAAAAUUCCGCCGUCCGAUAUGCCGGAAAUUCGAGCCAAAGUCGCCGCUUUGACCGCUCUGGGUGGCGAAAGGAAAGACUGGGGUUGCGUUCGAGCUUGGGAAAGGGACUACCUGGCCAAUGUGCGAGACUGCCCACAAACCAGUUCCGGCUUCGCUCGCUUCGCCCGGGAGCUGCGGAACAAAGACGAGUACAGUCAAGUCCUCUUUUCUGGCUUCUGUCGGAAGAUGAACAGAUUUAACAAAAGCACAGACCGUGGCGUGCUUAUCACAGACAAGUUCUUCUACAAAUUAGAGCCCAAAAAACAAUUCAAGGUUCUGAGGAAAACCCCUUUGGACACAUUUACAGGACUGAGCAUAAGCGCCGGACUGGACCAGAUGGUGGCGUUGCACACAUCCUCACAGGAUGACCUUCUUUUGUGCCUUCAAAGUGGAGAACUCUGUCCAAACCAGGACCGCGUGGGCGAGCUGGUGGGCACGUUGGUGGACCAUUUCACACGUGUACGAAAAACGUCGUUAACCGUGAAGGUGUGCCCUUCGGCCAUCCGACUCCAGAUGCGGGGCAAGUCAAAGACGGUCACCGUGGAAGCCAAGGCGGGACAAAUAAUCGCUGAUUUCAAGAAGAGCAAAGAUGGUUUUGUUCUACUGGUGCCGACCAAGUGAGGCAGUGAAUUAUUAGUUUCAAGGCUAUUGACGGGGAUAGACGUCCUAUCCAUUGGGAUUGGGAGGGCUGGCAGCGAUAUCUCCUCCCUAUCCAAAUGGAUGGGACGUCUAUCGUCGUAAAUGGCGCUGAAUGAGUUCUAUAGAAAGAUGAAAAUGUCAAUCUCAAAUCUGAGAAUCUUUGGACUAUUUUUGUCUUUUCCUCACGCAGUCAAAACAGAUUGGACUUGUUUUUGCGCACACAGUCACUCCCAAAGCACAGUGGUAUGAAAAAGUAUCUGAACCUUUUGGAAUUUCUCACAUUUCUGCAUAAAAUCACCAUCAAAUAUGAUC